ACCGACUAGUGUUUGUGUGUGAGUGUGUGUGUGUGUGUGCACGCGCGUGCGCGUGUGCGCACAUAAGUUUCUCGAGGAAAAAGAAAAGAGGAAGCAGUACCGCCCCCAGAAGAAGCUGGAGGUCGAGCAGAGAAGUAAAAGCAGCUCCACGGAUCUGUUCAGCCCAAAACCUGAAGCUAAAGCUCGGUUAUUUUAGUCUUUACUUCGGCGGAGAGGCGGUGGACUCAGGGACUUGUGUGGCCAGGACUGUUAGGACAUGAGCUUCAGGUAGAGGAGUUCCAUUUUGUCGCUAAAGUCGUCCAUGCCGCGCUCCUCUGCUCACAUUCCGUGAAGAGGCGGAUCUACUUUACUUUGGAUUGUUGUGUUGCUGGGCGGUUGAUCGGAACAGGGCCGGACCAGAGGCAGGAUGAGUGCAGAAGAAGAACGAUUCAAACUGGUUGUGGUGGGUGGGGGCGGGGUGGGGAAGAGCGCCCUCACCAUCCAGUUCAUCCAGUCCUACUUUGUGUCAGACUACGACCCCACCAUCGAGGACUCCUACACCAAGAUCUGCACCGUUGGGGGGAAGGAGACCCGGCUGGACAUCCUGGAUACAGCAGGUCAGGAGGAGUUUGGAGCGAUGAGGGAGCAGUACAUGCGCUCAGGAGAAGGCUUUCUAUUGGUGUUUGCACUCAACGACCGGGGCAGCUACCACGAGGUGCAGAAGUUCCACACGCAGAUCCUGAGAGUGAAGGACCGGGAUGACUUCCCCAUGGUGCUGGUUGGAAACAAGGCGGACCUGGAGCAUCAGAGAGUGGUCAGUACCUUCAUGCAGCUUAAUGGAGUCGCUUAG